UGAUCCUUGAACUGAAGAUCUUUUUGUCAUGGCCUGCCAAAAUUCCGGAUGUCACUUUCAGGCUUAUUAUCUCUCAGUGAUCUGUGUUGUCGGGUUAAUGGCAGGCUUAUUAUUUUCUACAUCUCAGCCUAUUUAAUUGUCGAUGAGGAUAUAAAGAUGCGUCGAAAAUACACGUUUACUCCAAUACCCUCCAAUCACCUCAUAAUGGAGUCCCUCACCUCUUCCCAAGAAAUGCAUUUCUCCCCCCGCGAAAUGUACUACUCCAGGGACGAUUCCAAAUUGGAUCUCAUGUUUACCAACACAGAGCUGGGAGAUCGCGUCUACGCGGACUUCUCCUCCGAGAUUCUGGACACCCCUCCGGAGCUACUUUAUUUAUGUGCCAUCGUUCAGGCAAUGAUAGUUGUCCCAAGAAUGAGUUACUGGUAUAUGCUCGAGCAUGCGAUACUCUCACCACGAGGCGAAUUGUUUUUGCAGUACGCUGUGCAUAAUUCCCUCAGCAACCCGUACCACUCUCUACCCGUUUACGCAGAUUCUGUCUCCCCCGCACUCGCAUGCCGCAGAUUCACAUUUCCCAUCGACAUAGAGAACGUCGACUCAUUGAAACAUUGCGCCAAUGCUCUGCGGAACAUGAUUGCAAAUGGAUCGCUCACCCAGUUGAAGAGGUACUUGGAACCUGUGUCGCAAGAAAUGAUGAUAGCGGUACAUGCUACGGGACAGGAUAAUUUUGAAGAUCUCCCCCCUGCCUGUACGACGGACUUGGCCGUGGAGUGCGUCGAAAGAGGAAUGUGGAGUCUUGUGGAGAUUUUAAGUAAUGGCGUUGAUGUAGGAGGUAAUCUCCAUUAUGAAGUCGCGGGCACGAUAGGGUAUUGUUGUCCCGGUUACGGACUGGUCAGUAAUGUGGAGAAAGAUCAGGACACCAAAACGACUUUUUAUCGAGAAAUAAUUAGAUUAGUAGAUAGACCCACCAAGGAAGAGCAGGAUGGAGAAGACUCGGAAGAUUGAGGCAGACAAGUAGUGUACAAUGUCAAUGAUUUCACUCCGAAAUGUAGAAUAAAUACUAAAUGAUAAUUUUA